AUGGAGCAACUUACCAACCAUGUUUACAGUUGAACUUCUCCCUUGGUUAUACACACGUUACGUAGAGCGUGAUCAUGAUAUAAUGUGUGACCCCGGAUUGUUAGGGUGUUGUUGCUUGUAAUCUCUAACCAGUAACACAAAUCUUGAUAUCGGACGUCAACACACACAACACCGAUUGGAAUUUAAAGGCCGCGGAUACUUGUUAAAAUGCUCUGCCGGAUUUGUUCCACCGAUAAGGUGUCAACAGAGUUCCCAUCACGUGAUCUUACAGACAACUGUGAUCACCCAACGUUAAUAUGUAUGCAGUGUGUGAUACGACACGUGACAAAAGAGAAGAUCUGUCCCUAUCCGGGUUGCCAGGAAUCGGUCAAUCCAGAUAGCCAGAUUGUAAAACUGAUGAAGGCCACUCUAGACGCCAUGUUCACCGUGUACGAAAGUACGUACACGCCGUCAGUGGAGACCAAGGGAUCAGAUCGUAUCCACGUAACUGUCCUUACUGGGGAAUCCGUGUCCUUUCCCUACUACUCCACCAUGACGGUCCUACAGCUGAAAGAAAACAUUAAAACUCGAUUCAAGCACGAAGUAAAUAAGCAGAAAUUGAAUUACAACAACACCGAAUUAACAAACAGAUUAAGCAACGGACAAGUUGCUUCUCUGGCGGACUUCAACGUACCUCCUAACGCCACUGUCUACCUGAUGGUGCUUCUCUAUGCUAUCCCUGAGGCUUUCGACCACGUGGUGUUUGAUCUGCACUGGGGUUACCCACUGUCUGGUGUGGAUUACUUGGACGCGUCAUGUUUGGUGUACAAUAGACAAACGAACACUGCAGUGUGCGAUUACCGUCGUCGUAUGCCCAUGAAUGGUCUUCAUCACUCUGGCGACAUAAUGGAUAAUAUAAAUAGGGUCGGACAUCAUACCAUCCAUGUACAUUUGAAACAAUUGACUGGUAAUGUCACUAAAUUGUAUUUCACGUUGAGCGCCUGGAGCUCCCCCGACAUUGCAAGAUAUCCAAAUCCUAGUUUGAAAUUUUACCAGGCCGACAACCCUACAGUUGAUCUUUGUAAAACCACUUUUACACAUGCACGUGCUUCCCAGGCUGUUGUCAUGUGUUCGUUGUCACGUGAUACCAACGGAAUGUGGCAAAUAUAUGAGUCUGGUAAAUUGUCAUCUGGCAAUGCAAAUAAUUACGCACCGCUUAACUCGACGAUUGUAAGCUUGAUCAAAAGUGGAUAUUAAUGUUUAGCAAACGAUCAAAGAAGCUUUUAAAAAAGUUACGUAAAAAUCAGAAAACUUCAAACUACUUCUGUCAAAAUGUGUGGUUUCAACUCCGUCAGUGAAUAACUUUAAGGACAGCUAAAUAAGAACUGGCGUAACCACCCCCUGAAAUUCGAACCCUCGUUCAGCUAACCUUAGAUACAUGGAACACCAAGAACAACAGUAAUAUUACAAGUACAUGUAGUAUGUGUUGAUUUUAACGCAACUCGACUGAGUGUUUAUGACACAAGUAUUCCACAAACUGUGCAUAUGAUACAAUCUACUAGUGAAUUACUUCUUAACCGAUGUGUGGAUUACAGUUGUUUUGUCUACCUUUUUCAUUAACGUCAUAAACUUAUUUUUAGGACUAACAUCAUACUCUUAGUAUAUAUCAUGUGUUUUAGAACUUUCAAAGUGUAAGUUUGCAACAGGAAGGAAGUCGUGAAAGAUAAGUUUCAUUUAUGGAAAAACGCCAGCAUAAAUCACAGUAGUCAUCCAAGACUUAGAAUGAUGUCAUCCAGUGGUUCAGUGAUUCAUUAUUGCGAAAACUUGCUGCCUAAUCUGUGAUUUCUCACAUUUGUAAAAGCAUGAUCAGUUAUCUCCCUUGCAUUGAUUUUUUUUUUAUUCUUCAUGACUAUUUGUAUUCGAGAAAUAUUAAAUAUCAUGGCUGAUUUUAUCUGUAAUCAUUAAACAUGGAAUGAACAAUCAUGAUAUCCUGUCUUUUUCACUUGUGUCCAGCAGCAAUUUUUUUCUGUUUCAUAGGUGCCGUUAUCAAUAUUAAGAAAUAUAUAUUUUUACGUUUAAUUCAAUUCAAACCUUGUUUGAGACACUGCAGUGACGUGAUAAGAUAAGAUUCAAUACAAAGAUUAAAGUUGUGCGCCGU